CGAUGCUUCUGAUAUUGAUGAUGGGAUCGACAGUAACAUGAACUCGUAUCCAGUUACAGCAGAUUUUGAGAAUGUCCAACUCCAGAGCGAAAACCCAGAAGAGAUUUCAGAAAAUGAUACUCCUCAUAAAAAAACAGAAAAUGAACACACGCGUUUCGAGGGAAGUGGAGAACAGAAUUUGGAAAGUCUUACUCAGAAACGUAAAGUAGGAGGACGUCAGAAAAAGGUAGAUGAACAAAAAACUAGGAAGCGUGUUAGAAAUGCUAAAUCGUGGAAGGAAAAUAUUAGGAAAGCGUUGAAAGAACAAGGCAAAGAAUAUGUGAGCAAGAAAGGAAGCGUUAAGGUUGCAAAAGAAAUGAAAUUGCCUUGCACUUGCCGAAUGAAGUGCUAUGAGAAAAUUAGUGAAGAACGCAGGAAGAAGCUAUUCGAAGAUUUUUACAACUUAUCAAAAGACGCCCAGGAUCAGUAUAUUUCAGAGACCAUUAAAGAAACCACAAAACAAAGAGAAAGAGUUAGAAAAUUAAAGGAAAAAAAUGGUAAUUGCAGUCGCAGAAAAUUUACUAGAAAAUAUUUCCUAACGGAUGAUAACGGUCAAAGUAAUGAAGUGUGUCAGAUAAUGUAUCGUCAUACCUUCGAUUUUACUUUAAAAAAAAUUAGGACCAUUACAGAGAAAAAAAAGAGUGGCUAAGUCAAGCAUUUGCCCUUUAGAUGGUAGAGGUAAGCACUCAAAACACAAGAAAAUUGCAGAUGAGCAAAAAGAUACUAUCAGAAAUCACAUCAAUCGUUUUCCGGCAUACAGGAGUCAUUAUUCGCGAGAACGUACCUCAAAGAAAUACCUAAGUUCCGAUCUUUCGAUUGCAGAGAUGUAUCGUCUGUACUGUGAAUAUUGCAGAAGCAAUGAUAAAACAGCUGAAAAGGAGUCACUAUAUAGAAAAAUUUUCAAUGAGGAGUUUAACCUUAGUUUUCAUGCUCCAAAAAACGAUACUUGUGCCAAAUGUGACCAGUUUGCCUUGAGCUUACAAAACUUGGAAAACAAGCAAUUAACUGAAGAGGAAAAUGAGAUUCAGAAAAAACUUCUGGAGGACAAGGAAAAACAUCUAGAUUUCGCUGAAAAAGCUUAUAAACAAAAGGCGCUGGACAAAGAACGAAGCAAACAGGAUAAGUCUUUUGCAGUAGCCUCUUUUGAUUUAGAAAAAUGUCUGCCAACACCGUAUCUUCGUAACGGUGUUUCAUUCUACAAAAGGCAAUUAUGGACGUACAACCUAACUGUGUAUCAAACUACUACAAAAGGUAGUGUUGGCAUUUGUUACCUUUGGAACGAAACAGUAGCAGGCCGUGGUGGACAAGAAAUAUCUUCAUGUCUAAGGCAGUUUAUACUUUCCCUUCCAAAUGAAGUGGAAGUGCUUCACUUGUAUAGUGAUUCGUGUUCCGGACAAAAUAGGAAUAUUUUUAUGUGCACAAUGGUCUUGUUAGUAAUGAAUGAAAUGAAAAGGUUGGGUCGAAGCUUGAAAGAAGUGCAUCAUAAAUUUAUGGAACCUGGUCACACCCACAUGGAGGCGGAUACAAUACAUGCCGUGAUAGAAGCUGCCAAAAGGAAAACAACGGCUGAAAUAGAAGUUCCUCACGAUUGGUGCAAUUUUAUAAGGAACAUACGAAGAAGUCCUCCUCUACAGGUUGUAGAAAUGCCACAAAAGGAAUUUUUGAAUUUCAGUAGCCUGCUAUCCGAUAAGUUGGUACAUCGUAAGAAAAAUGACGAUGGCGAAGCAAUUCCAUGGAUGAAGAUAAAAUGCUUAAUGUACAGUCAUAAUAACGAUUAUCGUUGUUUGUAUAAAACGAGUCUUGAGGAAAGCGAAGAAUUCAAAAAAAUUGACCUAAGGAGAGGCUCUACCAGAAAACGAGCUAACGAAAUUGAAGUUGCCCAACCGAAACCAAUUACUUUGGAUCCUCUGCCUGUAGCAGAGCUUAAGGUUAGCAAUCUGAUGGAUUUACUGCCCUAUAUCAGCCAAUACAAUAAACCAUUUUUUUCACUACUAGCGUCUGAUGACAUGAUUAUUAACCUUUUUUCCACU